UGACAAUACAAGUUUUAGUUUUCUUACUUCUUUUUAGCACUAGCAAUACUGUCACUGAUUCAUUAUUUUCUACUGUUAAAGGUGGUUAAUUGCUGAUAUUUUGAUUGGCGAUUGCUUAGAACUAAUUUACUACUACUAUUACUACUACGACUACUACUACUACGACUACUACUACUACUACUACUACUACUACUACUACUAAUAAUAAUAAUAAUAAUAAUAAUAAUAAUAAUAAUAAUAAUAAUGACACUGGUAUUCGAUCGUUUGUUUAAGUUGCUCCCUAUGAAAUAUUUUCCUGAGGAUAGAAAUUCUGCUUGUCCCUAACACAAGUCCUUUAAGAUCCCCUGUUAGUUGUGACGGAUUACUGUUGAUACUGUUUGUGUGUAGGCGAAUACUCCAGAAAUACUGAAUCAAUUCUAACAUAAGAGAUGUGGUUGAUUCGCACUGGAGUAAAAAGACAGGAUGCAUUUGAAAUUUUAUAGGACGCGAUAUGUCCUCUUAUAAAAAAAAAAAAAAAAUCUGAGGAAAUGAUCUGUGAUAACAAUAAAUGGACUGUUAGCACAACACUAAAUUUCAGCGAUGUCGUUAAGAAUUGCAAAACCACCUGUUUAUGUGGGGAUUUUUUAAACAGAGCUAGCCUGUAUGUUCAUAGCUAUUGUAGAUGAGCACGAUACUGUAAAUCCUGGGGUGAAAGAAUUAGAAAAAAACCUUUCGACUGUAGUGAGUUCCUGGAAACGAAAUAACUGACUCCAUAAUUAAAAUAACACAAGCCUUGCCUUUUGUGUAAAGGAAAUAUUAGAAAGGGGAAUCCCGAUUGCGCAAUACACCCGGCUAUAUUUAAAGCAGCACUACUCUGCACAGGAGCGGCAUUUACAGCGUGGUUACGAUGCGAAACGUGAGUACUACGAACAGGGUUUUGACACAUGCGGUUCUUCAACAGGUAUUUGGUGUUCUAUUCGGUACUGGUUCUCAUACCAGAAGCCCUGCUCAUACCAGAAGUCCUUUUCAUACCACCUACAUACCAGUGGAAUGGUGUGACGUGUCAGCAGUGUCGUCCCGGCACAUUUGUGAAACAGCACUGUACGAGGGAAAAGGAGACGCAGUGUGAGGCUUGUCCAGCCUUGUAUUACACGCAGUACUGGAACUACGUGGAUAAGUGCAGGUACUGCAACGUCUUCUGUGCGGAGAAACAAAUUGAGACGCAGCAGUGCAAUGCCACUCACAACAGGAAGUGCGAGUGCGAGUCAGGGUAUUACCUGGACUUUGAAUUCUGCACGAGGCAUUCUCCCUGCCCACCUGGAUCUGGCGUCGUCAGAAAUGGAACACCAUACCAGGACGUAACAUGUGCACCCUGUGAGGAAGGCUAUUUCUCAUCAAAGAGUUCCAGCACACAGCCUUGCCAGAAACACAAGGAAUGCGGAGAGGGUUUGCUAGUAUCGCUUCAUGGGAGUGAGAGCCAUGACACUUUGUGCACUACCUGCGAUAAAUAUGAGACACACAACGGGACAGUUGAAGGGACAGCAGGAAACGGAGACUGUGACACGGCUGUGGUGCAGUUUGUGGCUUAUCAGGAGAUUCACCCAAGGAAGCUAAGAAGGCUGUUUCAAUUGACCAGAGGCUAUAUAAAGAGAGAGGCUGAAGAGAAAGGGCAUCUCAGUCAGAAGCAUUUGAUGUCCCUGCUCUCCAGUAUUAAACAAAAUGUAAACGGAACACCAUUCAUUAAUGUGAUCCUCCCAAUGCUAGAAAAGGCAAAGUUGCACAACAUAGUAAAAAAAGUGAAGGGGCGCUUUCUCAAUUAAAUAACUAUUUACGUAACAGUCUGGUAUUGAAGAAGUAGGUAUUAAAAAUACUGGAAAGUAGUAUCUGUUCUUCAUGGUCGUGAAUGACGCUGCAUAUUCGAAUUAUGGAUUUCCCCUUUUUACAACAAAUGAGAAAAUAAAUAUGAUAAACAAACUGACGGAUUGUGUUUAUAACCCUAGCCUUGUCAGUAGAAGAUGGAGUCACAGUAUAAACAGCCUUCAGUUGUAGAUUGUUACAAGACUUCCACUAAGGCAAGGCCACAACACAUAGCCAGGUUUGUUUCUGUAAGCUAAAUUAUGGAACAAUCUAGUAAAUAUACACCAAAGAAUCAUAUUCUAGUAUAACAUAAAACAAAUAAUGUGGAGUACUGCUCAAUAUUUUUGAUUACAUAUGUUAUAAACAUCAUUUAUACUUUUUGUGUAAAUAUGUGUAUAAAACAGAUAAAAGUUGUAUUAAAAUCUUAUCAUUUGAGGGACAAUUUUAAAGAACGUGUAAAGGUUAUUUUUCAGAGGUGUAAAAUGUAUGGAUAUAAAAAUACUCUUAACAGUAUAUUAACCAUAUCCAUGCUAGUAUUCUAUUUUUAUUCCUUUCAAAAAGUGUUCCUUUGCACUUGCUUCAAAAUCAGACCCUAAAGCUCCAACCCUUUCAACACUGCAGACCAGCAUACAGGUCUACCUCUUUUCUGCAGAUCGCUUUAGUGGUGGAAAAGUUCAAGGUUGAAUGUUUAGAACUAUUUUUAAAUAAAGUAAUAUAUGAAUAGUUUAGAUUGGUAACACAAUAAGCUAAAUUACCAGAGGUCAUUAUUGUAUAUUCUGUUUAACAUAUAUUAGUGUAAAACUUUGUGUAAAAGUUGUGACAAAGAAUAAAUACAUAUGAAUAAGGUCUUGGCUGACCCAGCUAGCAUUUAGGUAGUUUGAGAGUGUUAUGGAAUGAAAACCCUUUUAACCUUAUGAAUGACUGAGUUAAGGAAAUUGUAAUAUUUAAGUAGUAUGUUCACUCACAUAUUGCUUAUGGCUUCUUAAGAAAAGACUGCUGAAUUACAUAUUUUAUCUCACUUCAUAGUUUUACCUGCCAUUUCAAACGUCAUCCACAUGUUAUUUAUUUUAGCAUUAUAGCAAAAUAAACUAUUUUUAUUACCAUCAAAA